ACUACUUUUGUAUAAUUAUCAAGAACAACAUUAAAAAUGGAAAGCUCUCGAUUAGCUUCGAUCAUCUUCGUCUUCUACACAAUAAUCUUAUCCAUCAGGUCAAUCAACUGCACAGAGAAUAACAAUCUUGUCACAAACCAACCUGCUUUGUUCGUGUUUGGAGAUUCUCUGUUCGAUGCCGGAAACAACAACUACAUCAAUACCACCACAAAUUUCCAAUCGAAUUUCCCGCCUUACGGUCAAACCUUUUUCAAAUUUCCCACCGGAAGAGUCUCCGACGGACGUUUGAUUCCUGAUUUCAUCGCUGAGAAAGCACAGUUACCGUUGAUCCCACCAAAUCUACAACCAAUCAACGGUAGCAAUCAGUUUCCCUAUGGAGUUAGUUUUGCUUCUGCCGGUGCCGGAUCUUUGGCCGGAACGUUUCCCGGAAUGGUGAUAGAUUUGGGAACACAGUUAAAUAGCUUCAAGAACGUUGAAAGGAGGCUGAGAUCUGAGUUAGGAGAUGUAAAAGCCAAAAGGGUUUUCUCAAGAGCUGUUUAUCUGUUUAGUAUCGGAAGCAACGACUUAUUUUAUCCCUUAACUGCUAACUCUUCACUAUUCCAAUCCAAUACCAAAGAAAAAUUCGUUGAUUUUGUUAUUGGUAACACUACAUCCGUCAUUGAGGAAGUGUAUAAAAUGGGAGGAAGGAAGUUCGGAUUCUUGAAUGUGGGAGCAUACGAUUGUGCACCAGCCGCACUGAUCUUAGACGCAACAAACAUAGGAUCUUGUAACAAACUAGUCACCGAGCUGAUCGAUUUGCACAACAAGAAGUUUCCGGAUGCUUUAAGGCGACUACAGCGUAAACUAUCCGGAUUCAGAUAUGCUCUUCAUGACUAUCACACUUCUUUAUUGGAAAGAAUCAACAAUCCUUCGAAAUACGGGUUUAAGGAAGGGAAGAUGGGUUGCUGUGGAAGCGGACCAUUGAGAGGAAUCAAUACUUGUGGAGGCCGAAUGGGACAAAGUUACGAGUUAUGCGAAAACGUUACCGAUUAUUUGUUUUUCGAUUCUUCUCAUUUGACGGAGAAGGCUCAUCGACAGAUCGCAGAGCUGUUUUGGAGUGGACCGCCUAAUGUCACUGGACCUUAUAAUCUCAAAGCUUUAUUUUAGCUUAAUUAGAUGACCUACUUAGAAUCGCCGUUGUAUACCUGUGAACAAUAAAGACGAGUUUGUCUAUAGUCUUGUUAAUUAGUCAUAUACUUGUGUCUAAAAUAAUACUAAUAAUACGAUGAAUGUUUUGUGAUGUAAUA